UUCUUUUACCUCAUUUUUACUUUUGUCACUCUUAAAAAUCUAAACCCCGUCUCUCUCUCUCUCUUUCCCUUUCUCCACCGCCCUACCCUCGCCCACAUCGCCGCUAGCCAGAUCCGUCGCCACCCAGCCAGGUCCGGCAUCCAGUACGCCGUCGCCAUCAUCUAUUCCAGGCGACUUGAAGCCUGGAGCUGAAGUUAAGAUUACUGGACCUGUUGGGAAAGAAAUGCUCAUGCCAAAGGAUCCCAAUCCUACAGUUAUAAUGCUCGCCACAGGAACUGGAAUAGCUCCUUUCCGUGCAUUCUUGUGGAAAAUGUUCUUUGAGAAGCACGAGGAUUACAAGGUCACUUUCCACUUAGUCUGGACGUCGUAUUGACAAUACUUACCUACAAGGUUCUCCUGUAAACAUUCGGAUAGGCACUAAAGCAUUGGUCCCAGAUUUUGAGGAAGGAAUUAGAGACAUGAGACCCUGGGGACAAAAAGGGGAUAAUCAUACUUCUAGAAUUAGGACCUCUGCUUUGUGAUGAUAUCCUAGAAAGAAAUGAAGCCUAGAGCUGAAGUUAAGAUUACUGGACCUGUUGGGAAAGAAAUGCUCAUGCCAAAGGAUCCCAAUCCUACAGUUGUAAUGCUCGCCACAGGAACUGGAAUAGCUCCUUUCCGUGCAUUCUUGUGGAAAAUGUUCUUUGAGAAGCACGAGGAUUACAAGUUCAAUGGUUUGGCUUGGCUUUUCUUGGGUGUUCCAACAAGUAGCUCACUGCUUUACAAGGAGGAAUUCGAGAAAAUGAAGGAGAAGGCCCCAGAAAACUUCAGACUGGACUUUGCUGUGAGCAGCGAGCAAACUAAUGAGAAAGGUGAAAAGAUGUACAUCCAGAUCAGAAUGGCUCAAUAUGCUGAAGAACUAUGGACUUUACUCAAGAAAGACAAUACAUUUGUGUACAUAUGUGGACUCAAGGGCAUGGAGCAGGGAAUUGAUGACAUAAUGACUUCACUUGCUGAAAGAGAUGGAUCCAUUAAAAGAAACUCCAGAUAAUGAUAGCCAAUCACCGGAAGUAAGCUUUUGUGCCAAUCACCGGAAGUAACCUCAAAAGCUGCAACUAUUGGGCAUGAAGCCAAGGAAAGUCCAAAGUAGCUGAUAGAGAAGUUAUCAGCUGCUCUAGUUAAUGUUAGUGCAAAAGAAGACUUAGUUAAGCAGCAUGCUAAAGUGGCAGAAGAAGCCGUUGCAGGUUGGGAAAAGUCAGAAAAUGAGGUUGCAGUUCUAAAGCAGCAACUUGAGGCAGCUGAGCAGCAGAACUUGACUUUGGAUGUUCGCGUCAACCAUCUCAAUGUUUGCGAGGGGUGAAGUAGUCUAAUGUUGUAGACUAACUUAAUGUAGACUAGUUUAAUGUUUUGUGGAUGUUUACAAAUGUUGAAGUAGUUUAAUGUUGUUUUGAUGUUUGCAAAGGUUGAAGUAGCUUAAGUCUCUUGUGAAUGUUUGAUUGAUGUUUUUAUUCAACUUUGAAGUAGUUUCAAAUUGAAUUUGAUGUAUUGGUGGUUGUAGUAUAUGUGUUGUAAUAGUAGUUUAAUGUUUUAUGUAUUUAAAGUAGUUUGGUG